CCUCCAACCCCUAGUAGGUGGAGUGUCAGCAAACUUUUUGUUUUUGGUCCCUAGAGAUUUCUCUUACUCUCCUGCAAGCUCAGCUAUGCAUAUAUAUCAUAUUUUAUCUAGUAUAUCAAGGUGUUUAGAGUAAGAAGGUUGUUAUCUUCCAUAUUGCUGAAUUUGGAAGUCAGGAGCUAUAGUCCAAGUGAGAAGUACUAAGUGGCCAUCACCUACACAGAGGCCACCUGGGGAAAUGGUAAGAUCUGUACCACAGGGCCCCUCAGAUGUGGGUGCUGGGUGCUGCUUUGCCAUUCACCCAGUCAUGUGGAGGGAGGCAGGGCACUGAGGCAAAGCUUACUGGUCUCAUCAUCUGUGAAACUUUCUUCUACUAUUUUGGUUCACAUGCCCUCUUUUCUCUUCUGUCUGUUCCAUUUUUGGAAUUUACUUGGAUUUAUUCUCUAUGUUUCUUAAUUUCUCUUUCAUAUUUCCCAUUUCUUUGUCUACUUUGGAAGAAUUUCUUGGCUGAUUCACUUUUAACGAAUUCACCCUUUAGUUGUGGUUAUUCUGCUAUUCAACCCACCUAUUGAAUUUUCAUUUAACUUUUUGUUUUUCUAAUGCAGAAGAAUUUCUUGGCUGGCCCUGUGUGAAAGCAACGCCCGUGACUGCAGAUGAAUCUUUAGGAUUCACAGUCAAAUGGGUGAACAUCUACCAGAUCCACGAUGAGGAUAUGCAGCUGAUAUGGGAUGGUCUGCACUGCCUUUACGAGCUGUAACACUCACUGCAAAUGUCUGUAGCUUCACUCCUGAAGCUAGUGCAGAGCACGAACCCACCGGGGUGAACGAGCAACUCCAGUACAUGCCGUCUUAAAAGCUGUAACACUCAGGCGAAGGUCUGCAGCUUCACUCCUGAGCCAGCAAGACCACAAACCCACCAGAAGGAAAAAACUCCGAACCCAUCGGAACAUCUGAGGGAACAAACUCCAGACACACCGCCUUUAAAAAGUAACACCGCGAGGGUCUGCAGCUUCAGUCUUGCGUUAGUGAGACCAAGAACCCAUCAAUUACUGGACACACUAUCAACUUUGUUUCUCCAAGGGUGCUUCUUAAACUGGAUGAUUCACACCCUAGGAGUGUGUGUGUGUGUAGGAUGGGGUUUGAAGCAGUAGGGUAAAAAACCUAGCAUACGUUCUAUUCCAGAGGUGUCAAUUUACCAGACAACAGUUAUUUUAAAACCUUUUUUAUGCAAAAACAUAGGGUGGAAUGCAACAUUUUUAUGGGCCUGUGGGCCAUUCGUAUACAUCUUUGGAGAAAUGGCUAUUUAAGUACUCUGCCCAUUAAUUCUAAACUUAAAACUAAGACUUCAAAGAUCCUCUAAGGAUUUUGCUGGGCCACAUCCCAUAGACCCUGAAGGGUAUUACUUACUCGCCCUCUCCAAACUGCCGAAGUCGGAAGCAGGUGACAAAAAAGCUGACCCUGGAAUCACCUUUUGUAAAUUUUCCACCUCCAAGCUUUUCGAUAGUUUGUAACACUGGCUCCUCUCCCCGAAAGCCUUUCUUUCAAGUCCCAGCAACUCUCCCUGACCCUGCUGGGAAGGCGCACCAAUUACCUGUCAUUCCAGGAAAGCUUAUAGCAUAAGAUGAUCCCAUUGGUCAUCUCCCAGAACCAGACUUUCUGAAAAGUCCUUAAGGACCAGCUAGUCCAAUCCCUCACUGAAUAAAGGAGAAGCAAAGUCUAGGGAGGUGAGGUGAUUCGUUGUCCUCCUAAUUAGCAGGUGAGCUCCUGGCAGGGCUGGGGUUUCAUCUUCUGGGCUCUCUGCAAGGUCGUGCCCGGCACGGGCCAGGAACAAUUUCAUAAACUCGUCAUCUAGACGGCCUUUGACUGACACCAUCUCUCCGUGUGGAGGAGCCGCUGGGGUGUGCGCGGCAGGUGUCGUCCGUUUCAGAGGUAAAAUAACCCAGCUGCAGACCUCCAGAGGCCGACUAGAGCCGGGGUCAGAAAACAGGUUUUCCCCCUCGGGGACAGCGCCCAGGGCACGGGCAUUAGAACAUCGGCUGAUGUUUCAUCUGGUCAGGGAACCAUCCAGCGCUUAGUACACCUGGCGCUAAUCGGCGGGGAUUAAUCUCACACCCCGCAGCUGGCGGAAAGCAACGGGAGGAGGCACCUAGCCCUGGGGUUGAGAUCCCAGUUCCCGCGUGCGCAAACCACGCCCCUGUAGAUUCUGGCUGCUGCGUGUUCGCGCGCGUCCCGGAGUGCGCAUGCGCAGCGGCGGGGGUUGUUCCGGCAGCCUUUCACUGAGGGGAUCCGCCAGUUUCAAACUGAGUGGCGUUUGCCCUGAUUCCCGGGGCCUGACUUUCAGCGUAGCAAUUCUGCCGGCGAAGAAGGUGAGCGCAGUGCUGUGUGGCAGCAGAGCUCCUUAGGACGAGGAGCAGCGGGACGAGGAAGGGCAGACUGGUGAAAUCGCAAACUGGGCGUCUGUUCCGGCGCCGGACCCCUGCUUGCAAAGGUCCAUGGCUAAUGAAACACAGAAGGUUGGUGCCAUCCAUUUUCCUUUUCCCUUCACGCCCUAUUCCAUCCAGGAAGACUUCAUGGCAGAGCUGUACCGGGUUUUGGAGGCUGGCAAGAUUGGGAUAUUUGAAAGUCCAACUGGCACUGGGAAGUCCUUAAGUCUUAUUUGUGGGGCCCUCUCCUGGCUCCGUGACUUUGAACAGAAGAAGCGUGAAGAAGAGGCACGACUCAUUGAAACUGGAACUGGCUCCUUACAUGAUGAGAAAGAUGAAUCCCUGUGUCUGUCUUCUUCCUGCGAAGGGGCUGCAGGCACCCCGAGGCCUGCUGGAGAACCGGCCUGGGUUACUCAGUUUGUGCAGAAGAAAGAAGAGAGGGACCUGGUGGACCGACUAAAGGCGGAGCAGGCCAGGAGGAAGCAGCGAGAAGAACGCCUGCAGCAGCUGCAGCACAGGGUGCAGCUCAAGUAUGCAGCCAAGCGCCUGAGGCAGGAAGAAGAAGAAACAGAGAAUCUCCUCCGCCUCAGCAGGGAGAUGCUAGAGACAGGCCCGGAGGCUGAGCGGCUGGAGCAGCUGGAGUCUGGGGAGGAGGAGCUGGUCCUCGCCGAAUACGAGAGUGAUGAGGAGAAAAAGGUGGCAAGCGGAGUGGAUGAGGAUGAGGAUGACCUGGAGGAAGAACACAUAACUAAGAUUUAUUACUGUAGUCGGACACACUCCCAGCUGGCCCAGUUUGUGCAUGAGGUGAAGAAGAGCCCCUUUGGCAAGGAUGUUCGGCUGGUCUCCCUCGGCUCCCGGCAGAACCUUUGUGUAAAUGAAGACGUGAAAAGCCUAGGUUCUGUGCAGCUUAUCAACGACCGCUGCGUGGAUAUGCAGAGAAGCAGGCACGAGAAGAAGAAAGGAGCUGAGGAGGAGAAGCCAAAGAGAAGGAGGCAGGAGAAGCAGGCAGCCUGCCCCUUCUACAACCAUGAGCAGAUGGGCCUCCUCCGGGAUGAGGCCCUGGCAGAGGUGAAGGACAUUGAGCAGCUGCUGGCCCUUGGGAAGGAGGCCCGGGCCUGUCCCUAUUACGGGAGCCGCCUUGCCAUCCCUGCAGCCCAGCUGGUGGUGCUGCCCUAUCAGAUGCUGCUGCAUGCAGCCACUCGGCAGGCCGCGGGCAUCCGGCUGCAGGACCAGGUGGUGAUCAUCGACGAGGCGCACAACCUGAUCGACACCAUCACGGGCAUGCACAGCGUGGAGGUCAGCGGCUCCCAGCUCUGCCAGGCCCAUUCCCAGCUGCUGCAGUACAUGGAGCAAUAUGGGAAGCGUUUGAAGGCCAAGAACCUGAUGUACCUGAAGCAGAUCCUGUAUUUGCUGGAGAAAUUCGUGGCUGUGCUAGGGGGGAACAUUAAGCAAAAUCCCAAUACACAGAGUCUGUCACAGACAGGGACGGAGCUGAAGACCAUCAACGACUUUCUCUUCCAGAGCCAGAUCGACAACAUCAACCUGUUCAAGGUGCAGCGAUACUGUGAGAAGAGCAUGAUCAGCAGAAAGCUCUUUGGAUUCACUGAACGGUACGGAGCAGUGUUCUCAUCCCGGGAGCAGCCCAAACUGGCUGGGUUUCAGCAAUUCCUGCAGAGCCUGCAGCCCAGGAUGACUGAAGCUCUUGCAGCCCCUGCAGACGAGAGUCAGGCCAGCACCCCGCGACCAGCUUCCCCACUGAUGCACAUCGAAGGCUUCCUGGCAGCUCUCACUACGGCCAACCAGGACGGCAGGGUCAUCCUGAGCCGCCAAGGCAGCCUCAGUCAGAGCACCCUGAAGUUUUUGCUCCUGAAUCCAGCUGUGCACUUUGCUCAAGUGGUGAAGGAAUGCCGGGCAGUGGUCAUUGCAGGGGGUACCAUGCAGCCGGUGUCUGACUUCCGGCAGCAGCUGCUGGCCUGUGCUGGGGUGGAAGCUGAGCGCGUGGUGGAGUUUUCCUGUGGUCACGUGAUCCCUCCAGACAACAUCCUGCCCCUUGUCAUCUGCAGCGGGAUCUCCAACCAGCCACUGGAAUUCACGUUCCAGAAAAGAGAGCUGCCUCAGAUGAUAUUCCAGGAACCUAAGAGCGCACACCAGGUGGAGCAGGUGCUGCUGGCGUAUUCCAGGUGCAUCCAGGCCUGUGGCCAGGAGAGAGGCCAGGUGACAGGGGCCCUGCUCCUCUCUGUGGUUGGAGGAAAGAUGAGUGAAGGGAUCAACUUCUCUGACAACCUAGGCCGGUGUGUGGUGAUGGUGGGCAUGCCCUUCCCCAACAUCAGGUCUGCAGAGCUGCAGGAGAAGAUGGCCUACUUGGAUCAAACCCUCAGCCCCCGGCCAGGCACCCCCAGGGAAGGCUUUGGUGGAGAACCUGUGCAUGAAGGCCGUCAACCAGUCUAUAGGCAGGGCCAUCAGGCACCAGAAGGAUUUUGCCAGCAUAGUGCUCCUGGACCAGCGAUACGCCCGGCCCCCUGUCCUGGCCAAGCUGCCGGCCUGGAUCCGAGCCCGUGUGGAGGUCAAAGCUACCUUUGGCCCCGCCAUUGCUGCUAUGCAGAAGGUCAGUCCUACCUUUUUCUUUCUGAGAGCCUCCCCACCCCGAGAUCACAUUUCUCACUGCCUUCUGUCUGCCCAGUUUCACCGGGAGAAGUCGGCCUCGUCCUGAUGGGCAGCCACACGACCGCCUGGCGCCGUGCCCUUCCUUUGUCCUGCCCGCUGGAGACAGUGUUUGUCGUGGGCGUGGUCUGCGGGGAUCCUGUUACAAAGGUGAAACCCAGGAGGAGAGUGUGGAGUCCAGAGCGCUGCCAGGACCCAGGCACAGGCGUUAGCUCUAGCUCCCGUAGGAGAAAAUGCGGGAAUCCUGAAUGAACAGUGGGUCCUGGCUGUCCUUGGGGCGUUCCAGGGCAGCUCCCCUCCUGGAAUAGAAUCUUUCUUUCCACCCUGCAUGGCUGAGAGCCAGGCUUCCUGCCUGUUCUCCGCAGGAGGCUGUGGCAGCUGUGGCAUCCACUGUGGCAUCUCCGUCCUGUCCACCUUCUUAAGAGGCGAGAUGGAGCAGGCCCAUCUGCCUCUGCCCUUUCUAGCCAAGGUUAUAGCUGCCCUGGACUGCUCACUCUCUGGUCUCAAUUUAAAAUGAUCCCAUGGCCACAGGGCUCCUGCCCAGGGGCUUGUCACCUUCCCCUCCUCCUUCCUGAGUCACUCCUUCAAUAGAAGGCCCUGCUCCCUAUCCUGCCCCACAGCCCUGCCUGGAUUUGUAUCCUUGGUUUCAUGCCAGUUCCUCCAAGUCUGUGGCACCUCCCUCCAAGUCUAUGGCACCUCCCUCCCUCUCAACCACUUGAGCAAACUCCAAGACACCUUCUACCCUGACACCAGUAAUUAUGCCAAGGGCCAUUAGGCUCUCAACAUGACUAUAGAGACCCCAUGUCAUCACGGAGACCUUUGUUCCUGUGGGAAAAUAUCCCUCCCACCUGCAACAGCUGCCCCUGCUGACUGUGCCUGUCUUCUCCCUCUGACCCCAGAGAAAGGGGCCGUGGUCAGCUGGGAUCUUGUGCCACCAUCAGGGACAAACGGGGGCAGGAGGAAAGUCACUGAUGCCCAGAUGUUUGCAUCCUGCACAGCUACAGGUCCUUAAUUAAAAGUGUACUGUUGGUUUCUGCUCA